CGACCGCCCAGUAAGAGUCCAGAGUCAAGUCUUGGGCGCUUUGGGAAGCUUUCACAGCGGCCUCCCGGAAAGGAGUUUCUGUGAGCUUGUGUACAUCAGGAUGGUGCAGGCCAAGAGCUGGACCCUGAAGAAGCACUUUGAAGGCUUCCCUACGGACAGUAACUUCGAGUUGAGGACGAUUGAGCUUCCACCCUUAAAUAAUGGAGAGGUUCUGCUGGAAGCCCUGUUCCUCUCUGUGGAUCCUUACAUGAGAAUUGCAGCAAACAAACUGAAGGAGGGUGACAGGAUAAUGGGCGAGCAAGUAGCCAGAGUCGUGGAAAGUAAGAACGCAGCCUUCCCAACAGGAACGAUUGUAGUGGCUUUACUAGGUUGGACAUCACAUUCCAUUUCUGAUGGGAAUGGACUGAGGAAGCUGCCCACAGGGUGGCCGGACAAGUUACCGCUGUCCUUGGCGCUGGGAACAGUUGGCAUGCCAGGCCUCACUGCCUACUUCGGCCUGCUUGACAUCUGUGGCGUCAAGGGUGGAGAAACGGUGCUGGUCAGUGCGGCAGCAGGAGCAGUGGGCUCUGUGGUGGGGCAGAUAGCUAAGCUCAAGGGCUGCAAAGUUGUUGGGACAGCGGGGUCUGAUGCAAAGGUUGCCUAUCUUAAGAAGCUUGGAUUCGACGUGGCCUUUAACUACAAGACAGUAAAGUCGUUGGAGGAAGCUUUGAAGGCAGCUUCUCCAGAUGGUUAUGAUUGCUAUUUUGAUAAUGUAGGUGGAGAGUUUUCAAACACUGUUAUGCUCCAGAUGAAGACAUUUGGAAGAAUUGCCAUCUGUGGUGCCAUCUCUCAAUACAACCGCACUGGCCCAUGUCCCCAAGGCCCACCCCCAGAGGUGGUUAUCUAUCAGCAGCUGCGCAUGGAGGGGUUCAUCGUCACUCGGUGGCAGGGAGAAGUCCGCCAGAAGGCUCUGACAGACUUGAUGAAUUGGGUCUCACAGGGUAAAAUCCAGUAUCAUGAGUCCAUCACUGAGGGAUUUGAGAAAAUGCCCGCAGCGUUCAUGGGAAUGUUGAAAGGAGAAAACCUGGGGAAGGCCAUAGUGAAAGCAUGAAAAAAAUGGCGCACCACGGAUCAUCCCUUCAGGAUUAGCUGUUCACCAGUCAGUACACACGUCUAUUGUCUUAGGAAAGCUUUAACUGCAAUGAGUUUGACCUAGCUAAUAAAACACACGUGUGAUUUUUCUCCAUCUGUGAUAGAGAAUGAAAUCAUGACAAACAAUGAGCAGGUUGCUGCCGACUUCAGCUCCUCCUGGGUGACUGUAACACAUGUUGCCUUUGGUGUCUGUUCUAAUUUUGUUUCUGUUGUUGUAAUGAAAGCAAUUUGGAGGAGGAAAGGGUUUUCUUGACUUAUACUUUUAGUAUAAGUUUCAGUGUGUCACCAAGAGAAUUGAGGGCAGGAACUUGAAGGUAGGUCUGCUUUGUAAUCCAUUAGCAAGAUUAGAAAUACUGGGAUAAAGCUUUUAUCAUUAUC